AUGUCUGCUACAGAGAAAGAUCAAAAUCGCAAACCCAGCGCUCUGCGGUCUAUCAUCGCCGGCUCGAGUGCGGGUGCGGUAGAAAUCGCAAUCACAUAUCCAGCAGAAUUCGCAAAGACCCGGUCGCAACUCAAUCGCAGACUACAUGAUUCCAAGAAAUUACCAUGGCCGCCGUUCGGCAAGCAGUGGUAUGCCGGCUGCACCACAUUGAUCAUAGGGAACUCUCUUAAGGCUGGCAUUCGGUUUGUUGCUUUCGACAAGAUCAAAUCUCUCUUGCAAGAUGAAAAUGGCAAGAUCUCCGGCCCAAGGACCGUGAUUGCCGGGUUUGGGGCUGGAUUUACCGAGUCUCUUUUGGCGGUGACACCGUUUGAGAGCAUAAAGACUCAAUUGAUUGAUGACCGGAAAUCCGCAAACCCUCGUAUGCGCGGUUUCUUACAUGGCAGUAAGGUGAUUUUUCAGGAGCGAGGCAUUCGCGGCUUUUUCCAGGGAUUUGUGCCUACAACGGCUAGGCAGGCAGCCAAUUCGGCGACAAGGUUUUCAAGUUACACCAUGUUGAAGCAGAUGGCGGAGGGCUACGUUGCACCGGGUGAAAAGCUAGGAACCGCGAGUACCUUCGCCAUUGGUGGCAUUGCGGGCCUUAUAACAGUCUAUGUCACCCAACCCCUUGAUACCGUUAAAACCAGGAUGCAAUCGCUCGAGGCGAGCAAGAACUACAAGAACAGCUUCGUCUGUGCGGCGAGAAUUUUCAAGGAUGAGGGGGUUUUCACACUGUGGUCGGGAGCCAUGCCUCGACUAGCAAGGCUAAUUUUGAGUGGAGGAAUAGUGUUCACGAUGUAUGAAAAGACGAUGGAGGCGCUGGACACCGUCGACCCGGACAGGAAGUAUAUCUAA